AUGUUCCUCCUCCGUAAACCCCAAAAUUCCAAAUCGAUCCUCACCGUCACCGUCCGUCUCUUCACAACCCAAAUCCCUCCUGCUGAUUCCUCUCCCGCUAAUCCCAUCGCCGCCGACUACGACCUCCUGAUUAAUGCCGCUGGUGAAUCCAGAGACUUUGCCAACCUCCACCACCUCCUCACCAAGCGCGUGAAAGGCCGCUGCUGCAACACCAACAACAUCUUCAACUUCAUCACCAACACCGAGGCUUCUCUCUCCGAAACCCUCUCGCGUCUCGACAAAGGGUACACUAGCAAGAGCGCGUACGAUUCGCUCAUCUUCCGCCUCUGUAAGCUGGACCGCGUCGAGGAGGCGCUGCGCGUUGUGGAGCUGAUGGCGCGUGAGGAUUACGGCUUGAACGCGGGCAGCUUCCACCCUAUUCUCAAUGUGCUCACGAAGAAGGCGAGGAUGGAAUAAGCGUGGCGCGUGGUGGAGCUGAUGAGGCAGUUCGGGGCUCCGCUGGAUCUGGUAUCGUAUAAUUACUUUCUCAAGGCUUAUUGCCUUGCCGGAGAUUUGGCACAGGCGGCCGGUAUUUUGAGUACUAUUGAGGAGGAGGGGAUGACGGCAAACACACGUACGUACCACGCGCUGCUGAUGGGCGCGUGCACGGCGGGAAAGAUGGACGGGGUUAUGGUGCUGUUGAGGAGGAUGGUGGACGGUGGAGUGCAGACGCUGUUUUACCACGCAUGCGUUGUUGACUCGCUGGUAAAUCGUGGAUUUUACGAGCAAGGGGUGAAAUUCUUGAGGGUUUUUAGCGGGAAGGACACGUGGUUGGACACGGAGGGUUUUAAGAGAUUGGCUAUGAGGUUUGCCCAGGCUGAGGAGGUUUUCGAUGAAAUGCGAGAAAGGGGUUUAGAUAGUGGAGAUAAGUUGGAGUUUUAUGAAUCAAAGAUUACAAAGAAGAAUGUAAACAAAGAAAAGAAGAGGAUCACGGGUAAGAAAUAA